AUGUCCGUCACUCAGGUCAGAGUACUGUACUUUGCUCGGAGCGCUGACCUCACAGGUUUGAGGGAGGAGCCUGUUUCGGUGGCCACACCCACCUGUGGGCGUGGUCUGUGGGCGGAGCUACAGCGGCGCCACCCGAGUCUGGUCGCGCUGCAGGGGGCGCUGGUGCUCGCGGUUCGGCACGAGUUUGUUGCUAUUGACGACGAUCAGCCACUGUUGCUAGGCGACGGAGACGAGGAAGUGAUCGAUGCAACAAAGAGUCCGAAGUGUGGAGCUGUUUCUGUGUUCCUCGGAACGACCCGUGAGGACGAGCUCGGAGGCCGUAAGGUGAUUGGUCUGGAGUAUGAGGCGUACGAUGCCAUGGUCCAAUCAGAGCUCUCCAAACUUAGCCGUGUCAUCAGAGGGCGCUGGCCCCAGGUGCAGCACAUCUGUGUGCACCACCGACUGGGAUGGGUGGCGGUGGGCGAGGCCAGCGUUGCCGUGGCGAUCUCUGCUCCUCAUCGCCGCGACUCUGAAGAAGCAAUUCAGUUUUGUGUGACGCAACUUAAAGCCAGAGUCCCGAUCUGGAAGAAGGAGGUCUACGACGACAAUCAGAGUCAGUGGAACGAGAACUUUGAGUGCAGCUGGAGCCAGAAGCACCAAAAGAAGAUAGAUGACUAG